AAUGGGGAUUUCACUUUGACUCCUUAAUAUUUGCUGGUUUUUUAGGGUUAAUUUUUGGAAUCUUCUGGCGGGUUUUAUGUCAGAGCUGCUGCAAUAAUAGCUGUUAAGUGGGUAGUUGUUCUUCAAUUGUGGAGGGGUUGACCUAAAUUUAUUGUCUUAAUUUGGGGUUUUCUUGUAGUUUUCUCAAGUGGGUUAGAGAUCAUUUUGUUUCGUUUUCGUUAUGUAAUGUGGGUUUUGAACUUGGUUGAUUUGAUUGAUGCUAGAUUUGAGUUUAGGAUUUGUGAAGUUGGUUUCUGCUACUGAUUUGGGUAAAAGUUUUAGGGUUCUUGGAGUUCGAUUUGUGUUUCGUUGACUUUUCUACGUAGUGCAUUGGUGAAACAGUGUGGUGAUUGAGGGUUUAUACUCUCUUAAAGGUUUUGAUUUUGCUUUUAAGUUUCAAAGAUGGCGUGUAUGAAGUUAGGGUCCAAAGCAGAUGCCUUCCAGAGAAAAGGCCAAGCUUGGUUUUGCACAACCGGCCUCCCAAGUGAUAUUGUCGUUGAAGUAGAGGAUAUGUCUUUCCAUCUCCAUAAGUUUCCUUUGCUUUCAAGAAGUGGGGUUAUGGAAAGACUGAUCGCAGAUGCAUCGGAACAUGGAGACAGCGGAUGUACCAUAAGCCUCCAUGACGUUCCCGGUGGGGCCAAGACUUUCGAACUCGUUGCUAAGUUCUGCUACGGAGUAAAACACGAGAUUACUGCUGCCAAUGUCGUACACCUUCGUUGUGCUGCCGAACAUCUCAAAAUGAGUGAAGAAUACGGUGAGGAUAACUUAAUCUCGCAAACGGAAAUGUUCUUGAAUCAAGUAGUUCUCCGAAAUUGGAAGGAUUCUCUGAGAUCACUCCAAUCGUGUGUCGAUGUUCUUUCGCAUGCCGAAGAGCUUAACAUUACUAAACGGUGCAUCGAGUCGUUGGCGGUGAAGGCGAGCACCGACCCAAACUUGUUCGGUUGGCCCGUUGUCGAGCAUGGCGGGCCCAUGCAAAGCCCUGGCGGUAGCGUGUUGUGGAAUGGUAUAAGCACCGGCGCCCGACCAAAAAACGUGAGCUCGGAUUGGUGGUACGACGAGGCUUCGACUUUGAGUUUACCGCUUUACAAACGGUUGAUUUUGGCUAUGGAAGCUCGCGGAAUUAAACAAGAGAUCAUCGCCGGUUCUCUUGCGAAUUACGCAAAGAAGUACUUGCCGGGGUUAAGUCGCCGGAAAAGUGCACCAGUGGGCCCAACCGAGCCACCGUCCGAAGACGAUCAGAAACUUUUACUCGAAGAUAUUGACCAUUUACUUCCGAUACAAAAAGGGCUCGUUUCAACAAAGUUCUUAUUCGGGCUUCUACGAACCGCACUAAUUCUCCGGGCUAACCCGACUUGCAUAUCGAAUUUGGAAAAACGAAUCGGGCUGCAGCUCGAUCAGGCGACUCUCGAAGAUUUAUUGAUGCCGAAUUUUUCGUAUUCGAUGGAAACUUUAUAUAACAUCGAGUGUGUGCAGCGGAUGCUCGAGCAUUUUAAGGCGGUUGAUCAGGCGACGGGUGGUGCAUCUCCUUGUUCGAUCGAGGAUGAACAGUUGUUAGGUUCACCGUCUUUGACCCCGAUCACGAUGGUGGCCAAGCUCAUUGAUGGCUAUUUGGCCGAAGUUGCACCCGAUGUUAAUUUGAAGCUUCCGAAGUUUCAGUUGCUUGCGGCUGCUGUCCCGGAGUAUGCUCGACCGUUGGAUGAUGGCCUUUAUCGUGCAAUAGACAUUUAUUUGAAGUCUCAUCCUUGGUUAGCAGAGUCCGAUCGAGAACAACUCUGCAGACUCAUGGACUGCCAGAAACUAUCAUUAGAAGCCUGCACGCACGCCGCACAGAACGAACGACUCCCGUUAAGAAUCAUCGUCCAAGUUCUUUUCUUUGAGCAGUUGCAGCUCCGGACCUCGAUCGCGGGAUGUUUCUUGUUUUCGGACAAUCUUGCGGACGGGUCUAGACCGUUAAGAAGCGGGCCAUGUGGGUCCCAGGAGGGCGGCUGGAACACGGCUGUGAGGGAGAAUCAGGUUCUGAAAGUGGGAAUGGAUAGCAUGAGGAUGAGGGUCUCCGAGCUCGAAAAAGAGUGUUCGAACAUGAAGCAGGAAAUCGAGAAAUUGGGUCGGGUUAAAGGGGGUGGGGGCGGGGGCGGGGGCGGGAGCUUGGGCAGCACCUGGGGCAACAUGUCAAAGAAGUUUGGGUUCAAGAUGAAGUCUCAGAUGUGCAGUGCACAAGAGGGAAGUGUUACCAAGCAAAACAAUGGAAAUGGAAAUGAAAAGGUUGAGAGGGUUAGAGAGAAGCAACAAAAGCACAAGAAGGAUUUGUCUUGGGAAGGGUAAAAUGGGAAUAAAAAGUUAUUAUUUGUUUGCCAAUUGUAUCAUUUCCGAAAAUACCCUGUAUUACAAAAUUUAUUUAUUUACUGUAUCUUAUGUCGAGAUCACUUUUUAUGUACCCCUCUCUUACUUUCCGCCCAUAAAUUCUCAUUUGAAAUUAUUAGAAGAAUACUCGUGAAAUGUAGCGGGAUA